AGAUUCGCGGGAAUUUCCGAGAGUUUGCACCCAGAAAUGAAGCUCUCGUCGUGAACGCUCUAUGCUGCUAAAGACGGAAGUGGAACUCGACGUUCGCGAUAUCGCGAACUGUCUACGUCAUAUCCGGGAAGCGGAGGUACAGUGCGUCGUGAAGACUAGGAGAAGAACAAAACAACAACAGCACACGGCGGGGUUGCAGAUGAGAGCAAAAAGCUCGUACGAAAGAUGCAGUCUGUGUUUGGAUUUCUGGAGCUUAGGACCGGCAACAUCCUCAUUGGAUUACUCUCGGUGAUUCAAUCAAUCGCGAUUAUCCUGGCCGGAUCUGCCUCGUACGCCGAAUCCGAGUUUUCCGAUUUCCACCUGACAUGGAUUGGCAUGUCCUCGAUGCUUCUGAUUGCGUCUCUGCUUUUCCUGAAAGGAGUCGGCGAUAAGCUGUCCACCUUGAUGAUUCCCUGGAUGAUCGUGAUGGUGCCAUAUAUUUUAUGGCUUGUCGGAGCUGCGGUCUGGACGGCUGUAAACCCACGCAUGAUGGAUCCGGUAACAUCAACCCUAAUGUUUGCUUUUGCUCUCAUUGAGGUAUACUUUCUUGUUUGCGGGUUCUUUUACCACAGACUCUUGGUGCGAGAGCACUGAAGAAAUAAC